AUGCUGUCGACCAUGCACAGAAAGCGACGCACUAGGCGGAGAAGGACGAACAUCUGUCUGGCCUGUUUCCUCGUCGCGCUGCCGAGCACACACGCCUUUUGGGGCCUGCCCGAACCCAAGUUCACCUAUGAAGGCUUGAUCGAUGUUGGCGACUUGGGGCUUGCAGCAGCUCACGGCAGGAUAGCAGCACUAGGCGACGCAAGCGGGAAUCAACAAAUUGAUCUGUUCGUGGUCAGCCAAGACCAGAGAAGCGUGACGUUAUGGCAAUGGGACAAGACGAGCUAUGUGUAUCGCGCAAGCUCAGAACCCCCAAUUAGUGCACCGCCAAGCUUUCUGAUCACCAAUGUCGUGCCUGGCGACUACAACUACGACGGCAGGCUUGAUGUGCUCCUCAUGGGCCAGAGCAAUCCAGGAGGAUGGUUCAACAGUGAUGAGCUCAACCUGGCCGCCUAUCUGGGGCAAGGGCAAGGCGCUUUCGGGCCGGCGCAAGUGCUGCCUUCGUCCGGUCUGGCGCAACCGAUACCCAUCGAUGCCUCUGGUAAUAUGACGGUCGACCUACUGGGUUCCAUAGCAGCCGACGCUUCCAAGCCUCAAUUGUGGUCUAACACGCGCUUCUCAGGCGACAAUAGCUCGCUCUUCGAAAUCAAAUCAGGGCCAUUCGACCAAGCCACGCUAGACAGCUUCGACUGCCAGUUCCCGAAUCCACACAGCAAUGCACUCAUAGACUUGAAUGGCGAUUGCUUGGCGGACCUAUUCCUGACUUGCGUCAAUCCGCGAGAUGCGACCCAGCUUUCAUACAAGAUCUUCACCAACGAGAAAGAGGGAGGCUUCAGAUUCGCGCAAGGGGGCAAUCUGCCAAGAGGGACAGGGCAAAUCAUCUUUGCAGAUAUGGACAGAGAUGGCACCAUCGACAUGAUCUUCCCCACUUGCACUUCUUCGGGCGACAACUGCUACAUCAAUAUUGCCUACAACAAGCAAGUACCGCUAUGCCAGCCUCGACAGCCUUCGAUGAACUCGGAUGGAUCACUACAGUGCCGGUCAUCAGGAGCGCUUUGCGUUGCGGAUCCUGGGUUUUCCUUUGAUCUGACGCCUCUGGAGACCAAUGAUGCCUUUACGCGCAUACCUCUCAAGGCACUCAUUCCCGACGCGCCCUAUCUCAUGCUGUUUGACGAGUCGAUAGCAGGCACGGUACCACUGGCGCUGCAACCGGGCGACUACAACAAAGACGGCUACCCUGAUCUCCUGCUCAUCUCUUCAUCUUCAAGGCUCCCUCGAUCCGGCACACCUAGCCUGAUUGAGAGCAGAGCAUGCGACAAGUCGAGCUGCACAUCGGCUGAGAUCGCUCAAUCCCGAAGAGUUUUCCUCAGAGUCGUUGCAGGCGCCCAUGCGCUCAACUCGAUCAACGACGCACGCAGCGCUUCAUUUCUUGAUGUGGAUGAGGAGGGCUCACUCGAUAUGAUGAUACAGCGCACGGGCGCAAAAGCAUUCACGUUCAUCAAGAAUAAAUACUAUGCCGAUGCUUUCUUCCUCAAAGCCCUCGUCGUCAACGGUGCCUGCGAGAGGUACUGCUUCCCUGCUACUGGCGACAAGUACCAUCCCUAUGGCGUCAGCUACUCUGGCGCUUCGUUCAAGUUCACCGUACUGGAUCCGUCUGGCACGCGACGAGCUACAUCCGUCGGUCAACUACCUCAGACAUCUUACAUGAACCUCGCCACACCAUACUCCUACUUUGGCCUCGGAAGAACAAAUAAUUACGUCGAAAACCUUUUUAUCGGCUCGACACGACACCAGCCACUGCAUUAUAUCAACGUCGAAGGAUUGAUACCCAACUCGCAAGUCGUCAUUGUGCCUUGGCAGCCUCGGAACGUACAGGAACCUUAUACGUGGAUGAAAGAGCUUUAUCUGCGGCCGGGCGAUUGGAUUCCAUGGGUCGGCGUCGUGCUCAUCGUUGCUACAAGCAUCCUGGGUAUAGUCGUGCUUGUUCUGCAUCUUAACGAGCGACGAGAAGACGAAAGAGAACGACAGAAGAAGUUGCAUUACUUCAACUUCCAAGCACUGUAA